AUGUCACAUAAUGAUGCAAUAUGAAAUCUGACUGUGUGACCUGUACUAGAUAUACAGCUAUAUAUCUGUAUUUCCGAGAAAUCAAGUCUGAUCCGAAGAAAAGAGAGUAAGUUAAAGGAGGAACCAAAUUUUAUUGGGAAGUGAAAGUCGCUUGGGGAAAAUUUGUCCAUCUCCAGCAGUGAAUAUAAGCAGCUUAAUCAACCUCUGCUUCAUUCACACCGCCAGCUGAGCCUGAGCAAGAACAACAUCUAAAAUCAUCACCAUCAUCCAGAGAGUCCUUAGAACAGGAGAGAAAUGAAGUCUGCUGCAGCUUUCGCUAUUGUUGCUUGUCUGGUUAUGAUCAGCGUAGAAGGUCAGAGAGGAAGUGUAAAAAGGUGUUUAUGUCAAGGUCAGGGGCAGAACAUGAUUCGUCUACAGCGAAUCGAGAAGGUCGAAGUCCAUCCCGCUGGUCCGUCUUGUGACAACGUGGAAAUUAUUGUCACACUGAAGAACAAUGCAGGCCAGAAAUGCCUGAACCCAGAAUCCAACUUCGCCCAGAAUUACAUCAAGAAGGCCGUCCAGAAAAGCAGAACUUCUGAACAUCUCUCUGCCCUGGACCAGAACUUUAACACCAACAGCAUCAUGAAGACAGCUGCAGUUUUGGCUCUGAUCUGUCUGCUUGUGGUGAAAGUCAGCGGACAGGCUAGAGACCACAGGAUGAGGUGCUUCUGUGCUGAUGAUGGCCUUAAAACGAUUCGUCUGAAUCGAGUCGAGAAACUUGAAAUGAUUCCUCCGAGCCCUUCGUGUGGAAAACAAGAGAUUGUUGCUACUCUGAAGGAUGGUGCUGGGAAAAAAUGCCUGAACCCAGAGUCCAUCUUUGUCCAGGAACUCAUCAAAAGGGUGAUGCAAAAGAGGACUCAGCAGUAGAGGAAUCUUCAGAGCAUCGUUUUUUGCAGUUGCUCUAGUUUCACAGCAGAGACACCCUGAGGUCAACAAAGAAAA